AAUACCAGUGAUAAAAAAGUAACAUUGAGCCAAGGAGCUCUUAAAAUAUAUUUCAAACUAAUACCAAUGUUCCCAUGUGUAGAUACUAAAUUCAUUAGACAAUUAUGCCAUGAAUAUGUUAAAGAUGAAGAUCUACUAACAGAUGAAACAGUUAUAUUGCAAGCUUUAAUUGAUUACUUGCUUAAUCACAGUCAAGAGCAUCCGAAUCUUAAAAAGCCUGAACCUUUAUCAGAACCGGAUAAUUUGGAUGUAAAUGAGCAGUAUGUCAAUUUAUUGGAAAUAUUUCCAAAAGCAGAUCCUACAUACUUAAGAGGUGUAGCUGAACAAAUGUAUGAUAAGCCUGAUAUGAUAAAACAAUUUGUUCAAUCGAAACUCGAAAAUCCAGAUUAUCCAACCAGAGAGCAAUAUCUGGCUAAAAAGAAAAUUACAGAAGAACAGAAGCAAUAUACUACAGGCUUUCAAGUGACACAAUUCUUAGAGAUAUUUCCAGAUCCAUUUUCAUACUUCGAGGAUGAUAAGAGAGAAUGUCGAUUUGACAUACAUGCAGUAGACUUUCUGAAACAUCACUUUAAUAAAAUUAGG